AUGACAGGUCGAAUUAUCUUCUACAACGGAUACAGGCCAUUGAGGUGUCAGCAAGAAUUGUUGCGAGUAAUUCAAGCCCAGCAAGUCACUGUUCCACGACAAAUGCACCCUCGCGCCUCACCCUGUCGGAGACUUUCCUUUGCUAAAUUAGUGUCUCGCCGCCACGCCUUCCGCGCGCCCUCCCGCCGCAAGUCACACACCUGGUGGGCGUUCCCCCGUCCUACCUGA